UUGCGGGAAUGCGCGCCUCCUCUGCGGCGUCAGUUCGUUCGUGGAUGCGUGCGUGCGUGCGCGUCCACCGAGGAUGGCGGGAAGCCUGCUGCUCGUGCUGGCGCUUCACUUUGUGUGGCUGCUGCAGUCGGUGCUGGUAAGCUCCGCCCACUGUGACGCUGUCUUCAAAGGCUUUUCGGACUGUUUGCUGCAGCUGGGAGACAACAUGGCCAACUACCCCGCCGACCUCGAUGACCAGCAGAACCUACACAAGAUCUGCACCUACUGGGACGACUUCCACUCUUGCGCCAGCACGGCGCUGUCCGACUGCCAGGAAGGCGCUAACGACCUUUGGGAGAAACUCAAGAAGGAAUCUCGUAGUCUGGAUUUUCGCGGGAGUUUGUUUGAACUUUGCAGUGGGGGAAAUGGCGCCGCCCCAAGGUGGGGCAUGGCCAGUGGCCUGGGGGGGGCGUUCCUGGCGGCACUGCCCGGCCUGCUCACCUGGCUGCUGCCCCUUUAAGAAAGACCCACCCUCAUCCCCCAAUAAACAAAAGAAAACAACAGCAACAACUCACCCGGAACGCACAGGCUUGUGUUGUCCCUCGAUUUUGCCUUCCAGGCACUUCGUCCCGUCACACGCCCACCAUGACGCUUUGAUGCCACUCUGACCAAACCUUUGAGGAUAUGUGGAUGACACGUUAAAGGAAUUUUGGCGCUCGCGUGGACGUCGGGCGGACGCAACUUGAACACGCGCAGCACACCAAAUUGGUCCCCAGCAAUAUGGCUUGCAAGGCUUAACGGCUAGCUUGCUAACUUGUGAGCUAGCUUUUUUUCCCAACCUCUUUGGCUGUGUUGGGAAUCCUUUCCUAGACUCCAUAGUACACUGGCCCACAUUGUGUUAAAAUGCACAUUUCAGGUUUCAGGGAGUAGCACAUCUUUCGACUGUGGAGUCGGGAAUGAUAAAUGAUCCGAAUGGUGUCAUCAAAAAGAGAAAGGGGACAUUUGUUGCGUCCCACCACAGCCAAAGUUUGUUUAAGGCGCAGACAGGAAGUGAGUGUCUUUGACUUGCAUGAUGUCACUUCCGCACCCCUUUUUAGGACAUGAGCACAAAUGUCGGCUUAGCGCUACACGCCAUCUAGCGUAGCGCUGUGAAUCGAAGGCUUUGCGCUAACGCGAGCUGAUGCUAACCAGAGUUGAGUUGCUUCAAUGAAACUCUUGAUUGAGAAAUGUUUUCCAAAUGCAGCCAAGUUAGGCUUAAACACUUUGUUGAUGAUUUGAGCGGCUCACGAUGAUAAGAUGGAGCUAAGUAUUGACCUUAGGGUGAAAACGUGUGACUUUUGGUCGGCCUUUGUUGUACAUCAGCUGAUAACAUUUGGCAUAGUAGUGUAAAAGCUACGUGCGAUUUAAUGUAUUAGUCUUUUGACAUUUUAGUUUUUAACAGUUUAGCUAUUUGAUGGUUGAAAUUUUAACAUUUUAAGUUUGUAUUGUUUGCAUUUUAAUUUGGACAUUUUAGUGUUUUGACUUUUUGCCAUCUAACAUUUUAGUCUUAACAUUUUACGUUGUAACAUUUUAGCAUUUGAACGUUGAAUGUUUUAGCGUUUUAAUGUUUUAGUCUUUUAAGGUUCUAACAUUUUAGCAUUUAAGUGUUUCAAUGAUUUCCAUUGUCACAUUUUAGCGCUUUAACGUUUCAGUGUUGAGUGCCAGGGGCGCGUGCUUUCAGGUUAGCUAACAUUUAGCAAAGACUUAAGGAGAACUGAAGUUGAUUUUUGUGCUGGUUUCCUGAAAUGUUUCACAAGUUGUUUGUUUUUUUGUACGUGAGUAGAAAGUUUAGCGUUAACGUUGUUGUGUUUGUGAUUACGGCAAAAAAUAGAAAAACAAAGCAAAAGAGCAAUACCACCACGACAUCACGGCCAGUGUAGCUCCUACCGACCAAUCAAUAACCAUUCAUUAAUAAUUCAAGACUGUUGUAUUCCAAUAAAUAACAAGUAAUAAUUGAUUGAAUAAUAAUAAUUUCAUUUUUAUGUCUCCGUUUGUUUCUGUUUGUUUGUUCGAAACUUCUACAAAUCAUUCCAAAAAUCAUCAAAAGAAUUUUCAAGAAUUUAUGAUGUAAAAUAUUCCUAAGAAAAAGAUUUAUCAUAUAGAAACUUUAUUCCACUUUUAAUGA